AGAGGUACCGUCAGGUCAUUUCAGGUUCUGCUUGUUCAGGUGCCCUACCCUAAAUCUUCAGUCAUGAAGGUCGCUCUGGUUGCUGUCCUCGUCGUGCUGGCUCUGUCCCACGGAAGCGUGAGCGCUGAUGCUAACGCUGACCUUGAGAGGUUGACCCAGUACUUCCAGGACCUGUCCGCCAAGCUCACCAGCACCACCCAGGAACUGGUCGAGACCCUCAAGACCCACGAGCUCGCCGCCCAGGCCCAGACCUACCUUCAGGAUGGCAAGGCCCAGCUGGAGCCCCUGGCUCAGCAGAUCCAGUCCCAGAUCCAGCCCCUGGCCGCCAACAUGGAGGAGCAGCUGAAGCCCCUGGCCGAGUCCGUGCAGGCCCAGCUCAGGCCCCUGGCCGACUCCGUUCAGGCCCAGAUGGAGGACCUCUUCAAGAAGCUCAUGGAGCAGACCAAGACCAUCGGCCAGUAAAAGUCGCAACACAGCUGCUGCUGACCCAAACUGACAGUCCAAGAUGGCCUCGGGAGUCUGUGUUAAAGUUGAACGCAACAUCUUCAAAUAAAAACGGCUCUUGAAGAAAU